GAUCCCGUUACGUGCUUCUGACAAGCCUUCAACAUUCCUUAACAUAUGCUAAAUAUAGGAUCAAAAUAUUCUCUUUUCAAUUUAUUUUUUAUAGAUCUCUGCCAAAAAAAGGGAAUGGAUUAAGAAGGAGGAAAUGCCGGAUAGCCUACUUUUAGGCACAAAAAUCAGGUGAUCUGUCCAAAAAAACAAUAUGGAUAUUAGAGAAAGCUCAGAGAAUAAUGCCAACCCGCUACUUCCAAUUUUCAUUUUUCUCAUUCUCAUUCUCUCUCUCUCUCUCUCUCUCUCUCUCCCUUUGUCAUUCCUUAGCUUCUCUUUUGGCUUCUGGUCUUUGGUCACCUCUGAAAAGCCAUGAGGGAUGCCAGAGAACCUAAUUCUGCUCCUUCAUGUGGUGAAUUAUCCGUUGACAGCAAUGGUUCCCACAAAACUGCCAGGAAAUGGGAGCCUUUUCGUCAUAUAAGGAGAAGACAUCGUGCUGGUUUCUCUGACUCAAUAUCAUCUCUUGACUUGGCAUCUUUAGGCGCCGAAGUAGAGAGAAUAGAUCAGCCAUCUCCAACAGCUGCUCUCGAGGACUGCUCAACAAGUUUAGAAUCGAUAGAAUCAAGAAGUGUGGAAUCUAUAGAAUCUGCAGAAUCUGAGCCAACUUCUUCCAAGGCCAGCACUUCAUCAGACUCUGAAAAUCAUCAGAGUUCAGCUACUUCUGUUCACUGGCGUGGCUUCUUUCGCUUACUGAAGAAAGGACCUGGAAUCCCCUUUCAAACCCUACCUCCUCUAAAGCCUAGGCUCACUAGAAGAAAGAGCAAAAGAGUUAGAGAUGACAUGGUUCCACAACUAUCUUCAACUUUGGAUGCUGAACUAUGCUGUUUCAAAUCUACCUGGAAGAACUUCUCGCUCUCAGAGCUUCAUGAAGCAACCAAUAACUUCAGCCAUGAAAAUUUGAUAGGAGAAGGAGGGUAUGCAGAAGUUUACAAAGGGCAGUUGAAAAGUGGAAAGCUUGUUGCAAUUAAGCGGCUAACCAGAGGUUCAUCAGAAGAGAUGACCAUGGAUUUCUUGUCUGAGCUUGGAAUUAUAGUUCAUGUUGACCAUCCCAAUAUCGCUAAAUUAAUCGGGUAUGGGGUUGAAGGAGGGAUGCACCUCGUUCUUCAAUUGUCUCCCCAUGGAAGCCUGGCAUCAUUACUCUAUGGUCCAAAGGAGAAACUGAGUUGGGGCAUCAGAUUCAAGAUUGCUGUAGGGACUGCUGAAGGCCUCAGCUAUCUUCAUGAAGGUUGCCAGAGGAGAAUCAUCCAUAAAGAUAUCAAGGCUUCAAACAUACUGCUCACAGAGGACUUUGAUGCACAGAUUUCUGAUUUUGGGCUUGCAAAGUGGUUACCUGAUCAAUGGACUCAUCAUACCGUCUCUAGAGUGGAAGGCACAUUUGGUUACCUUCCUCCAGAGUUCUUCAUGCAUGGCAUCGUAGAUGAAAAAACGGAUGUCUAUGCUUUCGGGGUACUGCUGCUGGAGCUCAUCACUGGCAGGCAAGCCGUGGAUAGUUCACAGCAAAGCCUUGUAAUGUGGGCAAAACCAUUGAUCAAAGAAAACAAGAUCGAAGAACUCGUUGAUCCAACCCUGGGGGAUGCCUAUAACGUGGACCAGUUGAACCGUGUUACUGCAACAGCUUCUAUGUGUAUACAUCAGUCUGCAGUGAAUCGACCCCAAAUGAGCCAGGUUGUAGACAUCCUGAAGGGUGAUCUUACCUGCUUGGAGAUGCUAAAACAUCGCGAAAAGUCUAUCCUUCAGAGGACUUACUCGGAGGAGAUCCAUGAUGCAGAAGAAUACAACUCAACAAAGUACUUGAACGAUCUUCGUCAGAUGGAGAUUCUUUUAGGACAGCCCAAUGAAGAACUUUGUUAGUCAAACAUUGACAAGAGGUUUCCCUAGUCCUUUUCUUUUUUAUGUUCAUUAGGUGACUUUGAAAUCUGAAUUCUUUCUUCUAUGGAAAGCUGUAAAUUCUGUGGAGUUGUGGAUUUCUUCCAGCUUUUCUUUACAGUCUUGUAUUGAGUUCUAGUUUCAGCAAUGAAGCAUCCCCAAAAGUUGAGGGAACAGAACA